UUUUCACAGAUAGCAGCAAUUUUAAUUUUGACAAUAGAAAACAAAAGUAAAUUUCUUCAAGAACGUCUUAAUGAUUUAACAACAAGAACAGAUCAAUUCCAAAUAGCAACAAAUCAAAGAAUAAAUGAAAUGGAGAGGGAAAGUAAUGUAAGGCUUGGGGAACUUGAAAUAGGCCUUAAUAAUUUAAUAAGAAGAACAGAUGACCUGGAAAAUGAAGUAAAAAAUUUAGCUUGUAAAGGAAAAAAAAUUUAUUAUUUAAUUGUUUUUAUGUGUUGCUUUUUUGUUUGUUUUUAUAUUUAUUGUAAAGUGUAUUAUAAUAUAUAA